AUGGACAACGAAAGUGGCACGAUGUCCACUGGACUGGGCAGUACGUUGAUUGCUGCAGUUCCUGACUGGUUCGGAUGGAUGCAUAAUUUAUCGCUCCCUCUGCUGGUGGUGUUCGUUCUGCCAUGGGUGUAUGUGUUAUUGAUUUUAUUGUCCGUACCCUAUUUGCACAUUUGCAAUUUGCUUCGAUCAAAGUUUUGGAGGGAUAGCAAUGAGGAUGAAUUCUGGAAGGCGGCUCGAAAGUUUAUGGCGCUCGUAUGGCACCUUCACAGCAGAAUAUUUCAUGGAUACGAAGUAAUCGGUCUGGAGAACCUACCUGAAACCGGGCCAGCACUGUUAAUCUAUUAUCACGGUGCAUUGCCCAUCGACAUGUACUAUCUCGCAGCCGAAAUGAUGCUGAAACGUGACCGGCUGAUACACUCGGUUGGCGAUCGAUUUCUGGACCACAUUCCCGGCUGGCGUCUCGUAUCGCGCGUAAUGCGCGUUACCUCUGGCUCGGUGCAGUCAUGCGUGGCAACAUUGCGUGCCGGUGAGCUCCUGUCCAUUGCACCGGGCGGUGUGUAUGAGGCACAGUUCGGUGAUAGUGCGUACGAGGUGCUGUGGAAAAGUCGUACCGGCUUUGCGCGAGUUGCACUAGAAGCGAAGGUGCCCAUCAUACCCAUGUUUACGGUUAAUAUACGUGAAUGCUUCCGUACGGUUUCGGUGGCACGGUGGGCUUUUGUGCGCCUCUACAGCGUGUUGAAAAUACCCGUCCUGCCCAUUUACGGUGGGUUCCCGGUGAAGUUGCGCACGGUGCUUGGUAAACCGAUACCGCACGAUGAUGCGUUGAGUCCGGUCACGCUGCAAGAGAAGGUUGCUAAUGCUAUAGCGGAGCUGGUCCGAGAACAUCAGCGAGUACCGGGUGAAAUACUGUAUGCUAUCGGUGAUCGGUUUGAAACAGCGGUACACGUGCAUGGUGGAAAAGAAGCAAAAUUGUAA